UUCUUUGCAAAAUAUGAAAUCUGAUUCACGAUCAGCUCAACGUUCUCAGUUGAAAACAGAAUUGUUGAGGAGCUAUCAUCAGCUUUGUCGCUUGCAUACUCUUCACAAGCAAGAGAAAGAACAGCGGCAAGAAAUUGUACAGCCUCUUAUUGAUGCUGCUCGAGCUUAUCCUAAUGAAGCGACAGAAAUUCUCAUAAAUCAUUUAAAAGGCUCCUCAAAGCAAAAGAAAAUUAGUAAACCAGUGCCAUUGGCAAAGAAAACUUGUUGUUUUAAACAAGAUGAUGUAAUUUGUACUAAUACAGCCCUUCCGUACACGUGGCAUUGCAAGAAACAUAUUAUGUAUAAUGUUGACCAACUUUUGUUUGAACACUGCACUGCUAAAUUUUCUGAUAAUACUCAAUGUAGUGUACCAGUCUUCUAUGAUUCUCAUGAACUUCCAUUAUGUUUUGAGCAUGCCAAGAAAAGACAGAAGAAAGAGAAAAUGGAGCACUGGAACUUGGAUAAUUAUAAUAAAAUGGCGUCUGAGCCGAAGCCAAAGAAACCUAGGAAGAAACCAAAGCCUUCAGCUUUAACUAGGCCACCUAAAAGAGGCAAAAAGAAAAAGAAGCCAAAUUCACUCCGUCCCUCUUCACCUUCUCCUCUGCCUCCUCCUCCUCCUCCUCAACUUCCAAAAGUAGUAACACCUCCUGUUUCAUCCCCAGCAGGCUCUCAUGUUGGUAUGCCAAAUAUAAGUUCAUAUAAUGAAGUCAUGAAACCAACAGAAGCUGUUUUAUCAGUACCAGAUCUUAGUAAAGAUUUAAAUGGACAGUUGCAUUCGGAACUAGAAAGUGAUUUAGAAGCUUUUUCACCAGGUGCUAUUGAAAAAACUUUAGAGCUGCCAUUAGAUACUGCUGAAUUGGCAAACCAAGCUACAAAAUUAUUAGAAGAACACGAUUUUACAGAAGUACUAAAUAAAAUUCCAGAUGAUGCUUUUAACGAUCUCUUUGUUGAUACUAGAAAUGGAGAUUAUAUUCCUACCAGAGAAGAAACGGAGGAACUAGAACGAGCACUUGCUGCUGUUUCCAAAGACGUCCACUUAGCUAGAGAAUCUUUAGCAAAACUGUCAUCUUCAACCACAGGGCCUGACCUAGAAGAACUGGAACGUACUAUAGAAAUACAUGGGAGUUUAUUGGGUGCUGACAAUUUGACAAGUGCAAUUGAUGACAAUUCUUUCCCUGAAUUAUCAAGCAGUCAUAUGGAUAGUUUAAAUGUAAUUUCUAGUAGCUUUUCCACCAGUGACUUAAAUUCCUUUACCCAGGCACUCUCUGCCAUGGCACCAGAGAGCCUGGAACAAAAUAAUCUUCCCACAGUAUCUGAUAGUUCACUUAUUUCAAAUUCAGUUAACUUACCACUUGUGAAUUCUGACCUUUCCCACCCUCAUAUGCUCAAUGGCCAUUCUGAAGUCUUAGGUGGACUUCAUCCCUUACAGCUAGAACCAGCCUUCUCUGCCAGUCUUUUAAAUUCAACCACAGAUCUUAAUCUUGCAAGUGCAGCACCUAAUCAUGGGACAGCUGAUGCCAGACUGCUUGGAAAUAGUUCACUGUUAUCUGCAGUAUUGUAUAAUCUUGGCCAAGCAUCUUCCAAUGCAUCUCCUUCUCCACAAACAUUUUCUGUAGCAUCUAUUUCGGGGAACACUACAGCUGAAGAGGCCAGUAUUAUGUCUAAUUCAGGAGGCCUUAAUUCAAAUCAUUGGUUGCUCAAUUCAACAGAUCAAGUCCUUGCCCUUUCACAGCUUGCUUACCAGAAUGGAUUUCUUUUAACUUCACAAGGUGGUAACACAGCUUAUGCUAAUGCCUUGGUUGGAAAGUAUCCCAUGCAGGACCUCAAUUCAGAUCUGUCUUUGGGAUCCAGUGAUUCUUUGAUGGCACCGACUGGUUGCAGUGCUGAAAAUGUGAUAUGUGGCACAUCAGAGCAACCAAUGCACUCUAUAAAUAUUUCUAAUAGACCUGCAUCAUCAUUGCAGCAGACUAGUUCUGUGAAAGUUAUAGUGCAAGAAGGAGCUUCCUAGCAGUUGCUUAUGUAUAAUGUACAGAAUCCUGGCCGUACCAUGUAGGAAUGCAUUUAGGUGUACAUUUGCACAUUACACUGCUGUAGAGGCUCACAUCAAGAGUGUUCUUUUACAUAUUCUUGAAUAUGACCUCCUACAGGCAGUUUUUGGACGGGUAUGUGUACCUUAAUAGCAUCAUGCUCAACUCAGAAUUGUUUCUUGUGUGUAAAGAUUCUCAUAUACUCGGUGUGAGUGUGUCAUUAGACUUGUGUAUAGCUUCUUAAAGCAGUUCACUUUUUCAUAUUUUGUACAGAUAUUUAAUGUUGUGUUUUUGUUAAUUUGAUCAGUUUUGUUAGAUUAUAAAUUUGAGGACCAUAUGAACAUGCUUUAUGGUGUAUUUGUUGAGGAAGAAUAUAACAUAAACAUUUAAUUCAAAAAGUAUAAAUAAAUAAUCUACCUCUGAUUGCUUAGUUUCACUUGUCCUCUUGCAGAAAUUUUAAUUAUGAGAAAUUAUUUUAAUUCAUUUGCAGGAAUACACAUUUUUUAUUAAAAAAACAAGUUUCUGAAAAAUUUUCUUUAUGUGUCAUUGAAAUAUAUGUGAUGCUAUUUUAACCAUGUUUAGAGUAUAUUCUUAACUAAUAAAUCAUACAUGUAUUUCUAUUUAAUUUUUUAU